AUGUCAGUGGGGGCUCAUAUGAAUUUGCUGUUACCAGGAUUUGGGUUCUUGGAGAUAUCUUUUAUGCACUAUCAAAAGACAUCAGUCCAUGUCACAUUGAUGAUGUGGUAUGAAUCGGUAUCUCUGUCUUUGCUGACGACUAUCCCUGCCAUCCUUGACAACUUCGACAUCUUCAGCCACUUGCACUUCGACUUCAGAACCAAUCCCGAACCGAUCCACGCCAUCAAUCAGAUCAAGGCCCACAGCUCCAUCAUCACUAGCUUUCAUGCAACCGAAUGUAUUGAGUAUCCGCCAGAGCUCUGGAAGGAGCUUCGGCACUUGGAAUUGGACCAUGUAACCAUUCACCAGCUCCCUGUCAAUAUUCUUAGUACAGAGCACAGUGAAUAUAUUUUCUCAAAUAAACACACACUCCGUAUUGACCAUGUCAGGAUAGCCGACCUUCUGCAUUCGUACAGCGACUGGUAUUGCCUCGGGAUGCAAGCAAGGAGCUGCCCAGCAUUGUGUUCACUGGACAUUAAGGGUCACAGCCGAGAUGAAGGAGACUUCUACAAGGUAGCGCUCCUUCAGCAUCCUUGGACUCUGAAUAAUCUGUCAGACCUACGUGCCUAUAUCACAAUCGAGGGCGAGGAUAUAGCAACGCUUCUUAGACGGAUGAGUGAAAUAAAAUGGCUAUGCCUCCCUGCGUGUAAAUUCGGUCAGCUCUCUUUGCAGGAGUUGCUAGCUGACAAGCAAGAAGUGAUGGAUAAUGGACAACUAGUACGAAAGACAAGGUUUUGGAGGCUUUGUGAGACAGUUGAGACGCUGGUAUUCGUGAUAAAUAACGGUAUUGGUGGCCAGACUAUUUUAUCAAAAUGCCCACGACUGAAAAUACUGGAUGGAUUUGUAAUUACAGUAUCAGAGAUUGUCGAUGGAACAGAAUGGGUUUGUACUAGGUUAACUCGCUUGAAUAUCUAUCUUAGGGCAGAUAUUGAUCAGGAGACUGAGGGAGGGAUGGCAAAGGCACGUAUUGCGUUUAGACAACUAGGUAAACUGACUCGGCUUGAAAGUCUUGACCUAACAGGAUGGGACCCAAGGAGUCUAGAUAGACGGAGACUGGACAUGAGAUUAAGAGCAGGUCUGGAUGAACUAGCCAAUCUGAAGAGACUAAAUUGCCUAAGCUUCAGAUUUGAUCGCUGCCAGCGAAUAUAG